CGUGACUGACAAUAGCAGAUUAUCGUUGGGACACAAUUUGGUCCGAUAAAUCACGGUCUAGACCAAAUCAAUCGAGAACAAAAUAUCAAAACACCAUUCUUUUUAUCUUUCUUUUAUACAUGAGAGGUGGGUACAUUUUAUUAGCCCAAAAGUUUGUUACUGUUCCAUUAUCUUCCGUUUAGUGCCCAACUUCCUACAGAAUUCCUCCCGCGAACACUUCAGUUGGCUUCCAAUGAAAAACUCCUCGCCCACUCGAGCGUUAUUGCCCGCUCCGACCCAGCGUAACCUUACCUCUGCUCUGCUGCACUGACCCAUCACCAUCAGGCCACCAUGCUUUUCACCUGCUGCUCAUACCACUCUACUGUACUUCUCCCCUCUACCUCCUCUUCGUAGAUGCUGGUGCACGUAAUCCCCCAUACUCCUUUUCACAAUUGCUUGAACAUGGCACCAGCCAUGCAUUGUACUGACCAGUCAACAACUCAACCACUGUGCACAGAAGAAGCCCUAUCCCCUUAUUCUCACCUCUUAUCGGAAUUGGAAUUGGGAUUUUCUCUCUCCCUCUCUCUCUCAUCCCAUAUUCCACCCACCUCCAGUUCUUCUUCCGCCAGCUCUCUUUUGCGCUCUUACCUGCCUGCCUUUGCCAAUGAAAUUCUCCCUCUGGCCAAAAUUAUGCAUUCGCUCUCCUGAAGAUGGAGAUAAGGAUGACUGUGGAAAUGACGUUAAGAGGACGGUGUUGUCGGCUGCGGGUGAACCGUUUCAGAAAAUGGAUGAGGGAGUCCAUGGAGGUGGAGGCGGCAACGGAGGAUGAUCAGGAAGAGGUAGGAGAGGGCGGCAAUGGAAGAUUGGGGGUGGAGCUAAAGAGGAGGAUUUCCUUUGUCUCCGUAUCAGCACCAAGAGAAAAGAAGCUGAACCUGAGAAGAGUUGAAAAUAGCUCAAGCACAAGAAGGCCUUGUAUGAAGAUGAAGAAAGAAGAGCUCGUUGGAGGUAAAAAGCCGGAUCCAUCUGCAAUAAUUCCACUGCUGCUGCUCUUCACAUGGGCAACAAAGUUCUACCCAUCAGCAGCAAAGGAAAUGUUGCUACCAAAUCUGAGAAGAAUGGGAAGUUCCUUGGGCGCAAGGUUCUACCCCAAUGCUGAAAUCGAGGAGCCCUGAAAGAAAUGCAAGAGGAUUCAGACCUAAAGGGAAAAAUUAUGUCUUGUAUGUGAUUCAGCUUCCCAUCUGAAUCAGACCUAAAGGGAAAAAUUGGUUUAGCUUGAGAUGGGAAGCUAAAAGCAGCUCCACCACUUGCUCAACAGUGUCCUCACUUCAUUGGUUAGCGAGUGCAUAUUACUACGAAUUCUCUCCCACAACAUUUUAAUGAUUUUUUUUUUACCAUUCUUGGAAUUAUGUCUAAUGAGUUAUAUAUUAUUAAUUGUUUCAUGUCAUACAAUAAUAACAUUGUUAUAUUCAA